GCGUUAGGAGAAAGCAUCCAUUUACGAGCUCUCUCGUCACUAUCUUUGUCUCUCGAGGAUACGUUACCCAACAUGGUUUUCUUGUCGCCGAAAUCGUGUUAAUGUUUUUUCCCUCUUCUUUUUCUCACUUCCCAAACAGAAAUGUCCAAUCUAUCCCCAUCUCCAUCUCCAAGGUACCGCAUAGGCUAUGCUCUGUCCCCGAAGAAAGAGCAAACCUUCAUUACGAGCUCUCUCAUUACCCACGCCAACCAGCAAGGCGUCGAUCUCAUCCGAAUCGAUCCCUCCAAGCCCUUGACCCAACAGGGGCCCUUCGAUUGCAUCGUCCACAAACUCUACAAACCCGACUGGAUCCACCAGCUCCACCAACUGUCACUGCACCACCCAAACGUCGUCGUAGUCGACCCCCCUGAGGCCAUCGAGCGGCUCCACAACCGGGUCUCCAUGCUCGAGGUGGUCACCCAGUUGAGGAACGAGACCUUCUGGGUUCCAAACCAGAAAGUGGUGUACGACCCGGAGAUUCUGAGGGGUGCGGACGCGAUUCGGGAGCUGGGACUGAGGCUCCCAGUGAUAGCAAAGCAGGUCUCGGCCGACGGCGGCGCGAGGUCGCACGAGAUGUGUUUGGUGUUAAACCUCAACGGGCUGAGCAAGCUGGAAACGCCGAUUGUGGUGCAAGAGUUCGUGAACCACGGCGGGGUGGUCUUCAAGGUGUACGUAGUGGGAGACCACGUCAAGUGCGUGAAGCGCAGGUCGUUGCCGGAUGUACCCGAAGAGAAGCUGAAUGAUAAUACGGCGGAGGGGUUGUUGUCGUUCUCGCAGAUAUCGAAUUCCGCGAGAAACGAGGAAGAGGAAGAGGAUUGGUGUUCUGGGUCUGGUGCGGAGAAGGCAGAAACGCCGCCGUUUGAGUUGGUGGUGGAGUUGGCGAGGGGGUUGAGGGAGGCCAUGGGGCUCCAGCUUUUCAACUUUGAUUUGAUCAGAGAUGGUAAAGACGGGAAUGGUAGGUACCUUGUGAUUGACAUCAAUUACUUUCCUGGGUACGCCAAAAUGCCCUCCUAUGAGUCGGUUUUGGUGGAUUUUUUCCGACAUGUUGUGGACGAGAGGAGGAACAAGACUAGUGGGUUGGAGGAAGAACAUCAAGAGGUGAGAGGUGGUGGGUAGAUAACAUUGAAGAGAAGAGCUUGUGGGCAAUGCAAUAUGCCUGCUGUGACCUGUCCAAUGGGUUUGCUCGGAUUAUGGUAUUUUGUGCCAUUUCCGUAGGAAUUCAAGGAAGGAAUGUGGUUUGCAAAUAGGUUUGCUUACUUUGCACACUCACUGCUACUUUUUCUUGCAUUGGAAUGGAUUAGUCGUGUAGGUGCAUCGCCAUUAAUCUAGAAUUGAUACCUUUUUCUACUUAUUCAA